UGGUGCUCGGGGUCCCUCCGCCGCAGUUCCCGUUUCCGGCGGCGGCGAUGGCCAGGAUCUGACCCGGAGGAGGCCGCACCCGCGCCGCGCUCUGCGGCGGGCCCUAGGCGAUGCCGAGCAGCUCGGACACGGCGCUGGGGGGAGGCGGGGGCCUGAGCUGGGCGGAGAAGAAGUUGGAGGAACGCCGCAAGCGGAGGCGAUUCCUGUCCCCUCAGCAGCCGCCGCUGCUGUUGCCGCUCCUGCAGCCGCAGCUCCUGCAACCGCCGCCGCCCCCGCCGCCUCUGCUCUUCCUGGCUGCUCCCGGCACGGCCGCCGCCGCAGCCGCCGCCGCCGCGGCCUCCUCCUCUUGCUUCAGCCCGGGCCCCCCUCUGGAGGUCAAGCGGCUGGCGAGAGGCAAGAGGCGCGCAGGAGGGCGGCAGAAGCGGCGCCGCGGGCCCCGCGCCGGGCAGGAGGCGGAGAAGCGUCGGGUCUUCUCGCUGCCCCAGCCGCAGCAGGACGGCGGUGGCGGUGCUAGUAGCGGCGGGGGUGUGACCCCGCUGGUGGAGUACGAGGAUGUGAGCUCCCAGUCCGAGCAGGGGCUGCUGCUGGGGGGGGCCAGCGCGGCAACGGCGGCGACGGCUGCCGGGGGAACGGGGGGCAGCGGCGGGAGUCCGGCCUCCUCCUCCGGCACCCAGCGGCGCGGGGAGGGCUCGGAGCGCAGGCCCCGCCGGGACCGCCGCAGCAGCAGCGGCCGCAGCAAGGAGCGCCACCGCGAGCACCGGCGGCGGGACGGGCAGCGCGGCGGCGGCGGCGGCGGCGGCGGCGGCGGCGGCGGCGGCGAGGCCUCCAAGUCCCGCAGCCGCCACAGCCACAGCGGCGAGGAGCGGGCCGAGGCCGCCAAGAGCGGCAGCAGCAGCAGCAGCGGCGGCCGCCGGAAAAGCGCCUCGGCCACGUCGAGCAGCAGCAGCAGCCGCAAGGACCGAGACCCGAAGGCGCACCGGAGCCGGACUAAGUCGUCCAAGGAGCCGCCGUCGGCCUACAAGGAGCCGCCCAAGGCCUACCGGGAGGACAAGAGCGAGCCCAAGGCCUACAGGCGGCGGCAGCGGUCCCUGAGCCCGCUGGGAGGUCGGGACGACAGCCCGGUGUCCCACAGGGCGUCGCAGAGCCUGAGGAGCCGCAAGUCCCCCAGCCCGGCAGGAGGUGGCAGCAGCCCGUACUCCCGGCGGCUGGCGCGCUCCCCGAGCCCCUACAGCCGCCGCCGCUCCCCCAGCUACAGCCGCCACAGCUCGUACGAGCGGGGCGGCGACGUGUCCCCCAGCCCCUACAGCAGCAGCAGCUGGCGCCGCUCCCGGAGCCCCUACAGCCCGGUGAUCAGACGUUCAGCUAAAUCCCGAAGCAGAAGCCCGUAUUCAUCUAGGCAUUCAAGAUCUCGUAGCAGGCACAGAUUGUCUAGAUCCAGAAGUCGUCAUUCUAGCAUUUCUCCUAGCACACUAACUCUGAAGAGUAGCCUGGCAGCUGAGUUGAACAAGAAUAAAAAAGCCCGGGCUGCUGAGGCGGCAAGGGCUGCUGAAGCGGCGAAAGCUGCAGAAGCGGCAAAGGCUGCUGAGGCUGCUGCCAAAGCUGCCAAAGCUUCCAACACUUCUACACCUACGAAAGGGAGCACAGAAACUGGGGCUGGUGCAUCACAAACCAACCAUGUGAAGGAUGUGAAGAAACUGAAAACCGAACAUGCACCUUCUCCCUCAAGUGGUGGAACUUUAAAAAAUGACAAGGCAAAAACAAAGCCACCUCUUCAGGUAACAAAGGUGGAUAAUAAUUUGAUUGUAGAUAAAGCCACCAAGAAAGCAGUUGUAGUUGGGAAGGAGAGUAAAUCUGCUGCUACAAAAGAUGAACCAGUAUCUCUUAAAGAGAAAACCAAACCACUUACACCAAGCUUAGGAGCCAAGGAGAAGGAGCAACAUGUGGCUUUAGUGACCUCUACAUUACCACCGUUACCUUUGCCUCCCAUGCUGCCUGAAGAUAAAGACACUGAUAGCUUACGAGGAAAUAUUUCAGUAAAAGCAGUUAAAAAAGAAGUAGAGAAGAAACUACGAUGUUUACUUGCUGAUUUACCACUGCCCCCUGAGCUACCAGGAGGAGAUGAUCUCUCAAAGAGUCCAGAGGAAAAGAAAACAGCAACACAGUUACAUAGUAAAAGGAGGCCUAAAAUAUGUGGGCCUCGCUAUGGUGAAAUCAAAGAAAAAGAUAUUGACUGGGGAAAACGCUGCGUGGAUAAAUUUGAUAUCAUCGGAAUUAUUGGAGAAGGUACCUAUGGACAAGUUUACAAGGCCAGGGAUAAAGACACUGGAGAAAUGGUAGCCUUAAAGAAAGUACGUCUAGAUAAUGAAAAGGAAGGCUUUCCAAUUACAGCAAUUCGAGAAAUUAAAAUUCUCCGGCAGCUUACCCACCAGAGUAUUAUUAAUAUGAAGGAAAUAGUGACUGAUAAAGAAGAUGCUUUGGAUUUUAAGAAGGAUAAAGGUGCAUUUUAUCUGGUGUUUGAAUAUAUGGACCAUGAUCUGAUGGGACUACUGGAAUCAGGCUUGGUUCAUUUUAAUGAAAAUCACAUAAAGUCAUUUAUGAGACAGCUCAUGGAAGGUCUGGAUUAUUGUCAUAAGAAGAACUUUUUGCAUAGAGAUAUUAAGUGUUCAAAUAUUCUUCUAAACAAUAGAGGGCAAAUAAAACUUGCAGAUUUUGGACUUGCUCGAUUGUAUAGCUCAGAAGAAAGUCGGCCGUAUACUAACAAGGUCAUCACUUUAUGGUACCGCCCACCUGAACUGCUGUUGGGAGAAGAACGAUAUACCCCUGCUAUUGAUGUAUGGAGCUGUGGAUGUAUCCUUGGUGAACUCUUCACUAAAAAACCUAUAUUUCAAGCAAAUCAAGAACUUGCACAACUCGAAUUAAUAAGCCGUAUAUGUGGGAGUCCAUGUCCUGCAGUGUGGCCUGAUGUAAUCAAACUACCAUAUUUCAACACCAUGAAACCAAAGAAGCAAUAUCGUCGAAAGUUAAGAGAAGAAUUUGUUUUUAUUCCUGCAGCCGCACUAGACUUAUUUGAUUACAUGCUCGCCUUGGAUCCUAGUAAGCGCUGCACUGCAGAACAGGCUCUCCAGUGCGAGUUCCUCCGGGAUGUGGAACCCUCAAAAAUGCCUCCACCAGACCUUCCUUUAUGGCAAGAUUGUCAUGAGCUAUGGAGUAAAAAGCGGAGAAGACAGAAGCAGAUGGGCAUGACUGAUGACGUGUCCACUAUUAAAGCCCCCAGAAAGGACUUGUCCCUUGGCUUAGAUGACAGCAGAACCAGCACACCUCAGGGCGUGCUGCCGUCUUCACAGUUGAAACCUCAGGGCAACUCGAACGUAGCACCUGUAAAAACAGGCCCUGGACAGCAGUUAAACCACAGUGAAUUGGCAAUUCUUCUAAACCUACUACAGUCUAAAACAAGUGUUAAUAUGGCUGAUUUUGUCCAAGUGUUGAACAUUAAGGUAAACUCUGAGACUCAACAGCAGCUAAAUAAAAUAAACCUUCCUGCUGGAAUUUUGGCAACAGGUGAAAAACAGACAGAUCCGUCAACACCACAGCAGGAGUCUUCGAAACCACUGGGAGGAAUUCAGCCUUCUUCUCAGAGCGUGCAGCCCAAAGUGGAGACUGAUGCUGCGCAGGCGGCUGUGCAGAGCGCAUUUGCAGUUCUGCUGACUCAGUUAAUAAAGGCCCAGCAGUCAAAGCAGAAGGAUGUGCUACUAGAAGAGAGGGAAAACGGAUCAGGACACGAGGCGUCACUACAGCUCAGGCCCCCUCCAGAACCUAGCACUCCGGCGUCGGGGCAAGAUGACCUCAUUCAGCACCAGGAUAUGAGGAUGUUGGAGCUCACGCCGGAACCAGACCGGCCUCGCAUUCUGCCUCCGGAUCAGCGACCUCCCGAACCACCUGAACCACCACCAGUCACCGAGGAAGAUCUGGAUUAUCGGACAGAAAACCAGCACGUCCCCACCACUAGUUCUUCGUUAACUGACCCUCACGCCGGAGUGAAAGCAGCCCUGUUACAGCUGCUUGCUCAGCAUCAGCCCCAGGAUGACCCCAAGAGAGAGAGUGGCAUUGAUUACCAGGCCGGAGACACCUACGUCCCUGCGUCAGACUACAAGGACAAUUUUGGAUCUUCUUUCUCUUCUGCUCCCUACGUCAGCACCGAUGGUCUCGGGGGUAGCUCUGCUCCGCCACUGGAACGACGCAGCUUCAUUGGGAACUCCGAUAUCCAGCCUUUGGAGAACUACAGUACUGCUUCAUCUCAUUCUGGCGGUCCACCUCAGCCUUCUGCUUUUUCCGAGUCAUUUCCCAGUUCAGUAGCUGGAUACGGAGACAUUUACCUCAAUACCGGUCCCAUGUUGUUCAGUGGAGACAAGGACCACAGAUUCGAAUACAGCCACGGCCCCAUUGCCGUCCUGGCAAACAGCAGUGACCCUGCCGCGGGGCCAGAGAGUACUCAUCCUUUGCCAGCAAAGAUGCACAACUAUAACUAUGGCGGGAGCUUGCAGGAGAACCCGGGCGGCCCCGGCCUCAUGCAUGGACAGACCUGGACUUCUCCGGCCCAAGGACCCGGGUAUUCACAAGGAUACAGGGGACACAUUAGCACAUCAGCUGGCAGAGGUCGAGGCAGAGGGUUACCAUACUGAGUAUCUGUUUUUCCUCAGGCACAUCGUUUUUAUCUGGAAAGACUUUUCUAGCUGCAAUUUAAGGCAGCGAUCCAAGAGACUUGAAUAAUAUUAAUUCAACAACAGCUUUAUUUUUAUGUGGAAAAGGGUCUUGCAUACAAUAGUUAAAAAAAAAAAAGAAAAAAAAACCUUUGCUUAAAUUCAUGCUGUUCUAAAAACUAGAUCUAUUGAUUGUACAUCUUCACAAAUUCUAGUUAACGAUUUUAUUUUGUAUUCUUGCAGUUUUAAGUGGAUGCUAAUCUUAGGGACAUAAGAGUCUUUUAUGGCCCUCUUGCAGAUCUUCUGAACUAUGCACAUUUGUGCUUUUUUUGUAAGUUUGGACCAACUUUUAUGUAACAACCAACCAACCCCUCCCCCCUCCAGUUUUACAACAAUCAGAAAGGGCACUGAUUUAUUUGGUAUUUUUCUUUUUACAAAGCUGCCUUUAGUCAAAGGUCACUGUCCGUCUUUGCACCUGCUUUCAGUGUUAUUGUGAAAGGUGUACUUUGUGCUCACUUCAGAAAAUAAAACACAACCUUUCUCUUGA